UUGGGUUUUAGCCUCUUUUUUUUUUGGGUAUUGAAUUUGAGCAGAAACUUAAAGUGACAAAGACUGCUCUUUUAAUGCCAAAAUUUUGACCUUUUUCAACUUUAUCUCUCAACUAGUUUCCUGGAAAAUGCAGCUGUUUUAUCUCUCUCUGUCUUAUUCUUUAAAACCAAUGGGAUUUUUUUUCCUAGUAUCAGUGUAUAGCCAUUAUUGAUUUCUUGUUUUAGAGCUAAAUUCCUCAUGCAUACCUUAUAUAGUUAAAUGGGUUUUCUUCCCUGUAAACACCUUCUUUUUUAUUAAGCUUUUAUUUGAGAUUCCUUAUCUUUCCUUUUACUGUUAAAUUCUCUCAGCAACCAAACAUGAUUUAUUUUCUUCCUUGGCUUUUUGAUAUGGUGAUAUAAGCAUGACUUAAAAAAAGGUUUAAUGAUGAAUUAGCAUCGUCUUCUUCCUUUUUCAUUUAUUGAAAUCAAUCCAAAUCCGUGAAUCAGUCAUUGGAUUCUCCAUAGCCAAAAAAACUUCGCAUUCAACUCAUCCCUCAAGCUAUUCGUGGUCAUAAACUAAAGCUCAGAAUCUUCAAUUCAACUACAAAAUCCCAAAUAAAUGUGAUGAGUUGUUGAUUAUCAAAGUCAACUUUUCUUUGCAGAUUCUGGGAAUUUGGAUUCAGGGAGGACUAAGGUAGCUCAGUUUUGACAAUUGAACUUAGGGGAUGAAAAUGUUGCAGCAUGAGCUGUGUUCUUCUCGGAUUCUGUCGCCGUUCCGGGAUGAAAUCGUCGGCGACGAAGAGCUUUCGGUUCUUCCAAGACACACCAAAGUUAUUGUCACCGGGAACAAUAGAACAAAGUCUGUAUUGGUCGGUUUGCAAGGCGUCGUCAAGAAGGCGGUCGGCCUCGGUGGUUGGCAUUGGCUGGUUUUGAAGAAUGGGGUUGAAGUUAAGUUGCAAAGGAAUGCAUUGAGUGUGCUGGAACACCCUACGGGGAACGAAGUAGAUGAUGAUCAUGAUUUCGAUAACUCAAGCAGUGGCUCGGACAUUGCUAGUAGCAUUGAGUUCCAAAGGCCUGCAAAACCGAGAGUUCGACAUCUGAAACCAUGGGUUCCAUCUGCAUCCAUGAAAGCAACUAAUCGUAGUGGUUACAGAGAUGUUCAAUCCAUUAUUCGUGCACCCCAAUUGGUAAAUUUGGCAAGACUCGACAAUGACUCCUUGAGAAGAUAUUGCAGGCAUUUCAAACUUGGAAACAUCAAUGCUUAUUCACCAAGGGAAUUAAUGCUUAACACUGUGCAGCAGCAUUUUGUAUCACAGCCACCGCUGAAUGACAUACAGGUGAUCUCGGAAUUCAUCACUUCUGCUAAGAGAUUGAAAACCGACGACUCACAGAGUGAGCAACUCUGAAUUUACUUCAACAUUGUAGUUGAAACAUAUUUUAGUUCUAAUUCUAACCUUAGAUUAGAUCCAACUAAAAGACUAAUAGGGACGAGUUAUCGAUCGACCAGCUGGAUUUUGUCCCCGGAUUCUAACCUUGUAAUAUAGGGCUUGUACCCUUUGUGCGUAUUCUAGGAUAUCUACUAUUCCAACAGUGCACAUAUAUAUACAUAUUAUUGCUGCUGAAUUCUUUGAUA